AUGCGGAUCCAGGCGCUCACCCUGGUCGACCAGAGCGAUGCAGGGGGCGAAGGAAGAUGGGAGACUCGGGAGGUCGACGCCAAGCUCACGUUGCCGAAGAUCACUUCGGCGGCGCUGCUUUGGUCAGAUCUCUCGAAGGAUAACUUGAUUUCAGACAAGAAGGAGGUCUUCUCUCGGACCGGCAUCUGGCGGGGGCCCCUGUCCGGUCUGCCGCAGUCCACUUUGCUGGAGCUGCCGUCAGCGGCGCCGCCGUCGGAGACUACGCUCGAGCUAGUCCUCCUCCCGGAAGCAGAUGGCGGCGACUCGCUGGUUCUCUCGUUCGCGAGGGCGCAGCUCAGCGUGCCGCUCAUGCGAGGAUACCGUUACACUCUUGUUCGCCCUGCUGGUGGCGCCGGCGGCUAUGCUAUUGGUGCCGCCGCGACCGGUGCGGCGCCGGCAGCUGCCAGCGGGGCCGGCGCCGGCGGUGACGGUAAGGAGGCCGGCAGUGCUUCGGCUGCUCCUGGUGCUGCAACCGCCGCCGCCGCCGCCGCCGCGGAGACCAACUCAGAUGUUUCUGCCGCCGCCGUCGCCGCUACCGCAGCCGCAGCCGCAGCCGCAGCCGCAGCCGCAGCCGGCGUUGACGGGGGCGGCGGCGGCGGCGGCACCAGUGGCAACGACUGCAAGAAGAACGACGGUGGUACCCUCGUCCCUUCGGCACCGAAGACCUCCGCCAAAGCCGUCGCCGCCGCACCUGGAGGUUAUGCGGCCGCGACUCUCUCGUCGCUCAUGGCCGACGGAAGCGGUGGCGGCGGCGGCCGGCUUCGGACCCAACGAGAGCGGCAGCGGUUGGCGGGAGCGGCGCUCCGCGCCGGCGACGUGGAUCGCCUGCUGCUCUGCCUCGGGCGGCUGGAAGGGGAGGCGCCGCCGGUCCACGGGGGGCGGGCGGAUAGGUACGACGACCCGGCCGCGGUGGCGGAGCGGGCGCAGCGGCGAGAGGCGGGGAGCAAGGGCGAGGACGGGUCGACCGGGGCGGGCGCCGCGAAGACUACCACGCCAACGUGGAGCCCUCCGUUUCCCCCGGAGGAGUUUGACGGCCUCGACGACGAGAUCGGGAUGGACAGUGAGGACUGGGGUCCCGGCGCUAGCCUCGGCGGUUACCCCCCGUACCACGUGGGGGCGUCGGGGGGGCGGAAGGUGGCGGGGGCGGGGGAGGAGAAGCGACAGGUGAACGGGGGCAGCAAGAUGUCCGCGUACCACGUGGAAGCGCUGUGCCGCCUGCUAGAAGCGCUCGCUUCCGGAGGCGACGACGAUGGCGACUGCGGAGGGAUAGGGUCCGGCGAGGAGGAACCCGGGGGGGGGGGCAGAGGAGCCGGCGAGGGGAGGGAAGUCAAACAACUCGAGGCGCCACGGGAUUGUUCUGGAAGGGCGGCGGUGGGACGGCGGCCGGGCGAGGGGGCAGCAGGCUGCGAUGCCGCCCCUGCCGCAGAUAAUAGCGGGCCGGAAGGAGCGGACCGCCUUGGGGGGGGGGGCGUUGGUUGCGGCUGUGAUGGCGUCGAUGCCGACUACGACGACGACAUUGCGGCGCAAGCAACCGCCACUCUGGACGGCUCGUGCCUGCGGAGCGUCUGCCGCCAGUACCUGUUCGGAGCGGACUGGCGCUUCGUGUCUACGCAUCAGCAGUUCUACCUCGCCCUUCUGCGGCUCUUGCAGGAGGUCCUUCGACCCUUCAACGGCCCCGGGGCCGGCGGCGACGGCGGCGGCUGCCGACGGCAGGCGGCGGGAGGUGCAGGCGAGCCUCGCUCGCGGCAGCCCCUCGCCCAAAGCCUGCUGCGUCCUUCGGUGGACUGCCCGGGGAUGGUGGACCUUCUGGAUAGCCUUUGCGUUGCAUUGGAUGACCUCGUCGCGUGCCCGCCCCAGCCGCCCCCGCCGGCAGCGUUGCCGGCGCCGACCCGCCUGCCUCAGCCCUCGGCUUCUCCCGCGGCGCACGGUAAGAGCCAAGAAACGGCGGUACAGCAGUCGGUCUUGGACGCGCAUGCCUUCUCGGCAGCAGCGGCGGCCGUAGCGGCUGGAGCGCCCAGCCUGGGCCCCGCCAACUACCUGGUCCAGGCCAAGUACCACCCGAAAUACAACAAGUACUUCAAGAUGCUGAGCGUAGGGCUCCCCCGGUCGGCGGCUCUUCUGAGGAUGUCUAAGGACGGCGUAGACCAGGCGAUCCUCGACGCGCCGGACGCGAUGCUCCCGUUGUCGGGAGCGGGGCCAGCGGCCAUGAUGGGCGUACCGGGUGCUGGCCCCUCGGCCUCCGCGCUCUCAGCAGCCGCUGCUGUGUCGCCGGCGGGCCCCCCCUGCUCCUCCGCUUCUGUCACCAAGGAAGCCGCCGCCAACACCCCGCCCCCGCCGCCCACCCCCCAGGAAACAUCUCCCGUUCUUGUGGACCAACAGCAGGGAGUUCCUCCCCCCCCACAUGGAACCCCGGGUGUGCCGUCGGACGGUCAAGAUGGGGCGCCGGUGGCGUCGUCCCCUGCGGCGGAGGCGCCGCCGCCGCCGCCGCCGCCGCUGCCUUCGGCGAUCCCUCCUCCGCCGACCGCAGCGGCGCCACCGCCAUCCCUUCCGCUGACCGCACCCCAUCCGCCGCCCGGGGCGAUUCACCCGCCGAUGGGGCUCAGGGGGGGCCGGCGGCGGGAGCUCCCGCCUCCGAAGAGUUACGAGGAGGAGAAGCGGGAGCACGAUCAGGGGGUGGCGAUGGCCGACCUCGCUCGGUCGGUCUUGGUCCUGGCUAAGUCCGCCGUUGCCGCCGCCGCUGCGGCUGCCGCCGCUGGUGACGACGCAGCAACAGCGGGCGCUGCGACUGUGGAGAGGGACGGGGACGGGUCGUCGGCGACCCGGGCCGAGGCGGACCCCGGGGGACGAGCCGCGGAGGACUUGCCGGCGUCGGAGGAGGUGGUGGCGCCGACUGAAUCCGUGGAGGCCGUGCCGUCGGAGAAAGCGCUCUACCUGGAAGCAAUCGAGCAGGAGCAGUUCGCCACCAUGCAGAUGGAGGUAGCAGCGCUGCCACCGCCGCCGGUGACUGUUGGGGAGAAGGCUGAUGAUGCUCCUGGGCUGGCAGCUCUCGCUGCGGCUGCUGCUAAGCCGAAGCAGCAGCACCACUUCUGGAAAGUAGCGGAGGCGGAGGGGUCCGCGUUUCCCGCUCGCCAGAGACGGCUUGUGCGUGAGCUGAGGUCUUUGGCCAGGGAGCUUCCGCUGUACUGGGGAAGCACGAUCGCGGUGCGGAUGGACGAGGAACGACCGCACCUGCUCAAGGCAAUGAUCGCGGCACCAACCGGAACUCCGUACGACAGCGGGCUGUUCGAGUUCGACAUUUACUGCCCUCCGCAGUACCCCUCCGUCCCUCCGAAAGUUAACCUGAUGACCACCGGUCGCGGCAGGGUCAGGUUCAGCCCGAACCUGUACGCGUGCGGCAACGUGUGCCUGUCGCUGCUUGGAACAUGGAGCGGUUCUCCAGAAAUGAUGUGGUCACCCGAUGCCUCGCUACUGCAAGUGCUCCUAUCUAUCCAGGUCUUGCGCCCGCAGACGGUGGAGUGGGCCAUGACGGAGGCGUUAAGGUUUCCGCCGCGGGGGUUCGAGGCCCUCGCCCGCGAGCACCUCUGGCGGAAGAAGUGGCACAUCCUCGACGUGGUGGCGGGCUGGCUGCGGGAGUCGAAGAAGCCGGCGGGCGUGCGGGGGCACUACCGAGACCUCGUCACAAGCCUCAAGAACUUGCUGACCGAGCUCAUACGUCUGAGCUACUCCAUGGGUGACUGCCCCUACGUUCCUCCUUGGCCCGUCCCGGCAUCGAUUGAGCCCGCCGCCGCCGCCGUUGCCACCGCCGCCGCCUUUGACGGCGAUGAACCAUCGCGAGCGGAGUAUUUCGCCGCCGUGCGAGGCAUUUUCGGUCCCGAGUUUCCGGCGCUUAGUCCAGCAAAGCAGCCGCAUCUUCUGCCGGGCUAUGCCGACGGCCCGCCACCGGCGGCGAACUACGGCGGCCAAUCAUUCCCGCCGCAGCCGCAGCCGAUUUCGUGUCCCCAGCAGCACGUUCCUACCCCCGCCGCAGGCGGCGGCGGCGACGGCGGCGGCGACGGUGAUGACCCCGAUACGGCGGUCCUGUGUCCCCUUUCGGUGUCCGCGGUGGGGUUGCCGCCGAAAUCGGCCCCAGCGCCUGGGCCAGCCCCGCCGGGGGCGACGUGGGCGUCGGAAACGGCGGGGGGGGAGGGGGGUGUUGGCGUGCCGCAGGGCAGCAGCGGUGUCGGCGAGGAGGGCGGCGGCGGGAACCCGCAACAAGAGGGGUCGACGGAAGCGGUAGGGCCGGGGGGAAUGGUGUCGGCGUGGUACCACUCGUUCGUGCAACAGCAGCAGGGCGGCAGCGGCAGCGGCAUCGAUGCGGGAGAGGCGACCAAGACCGAGUAGUAGUUUUGUUAGGGUUUCGUUCUUCUCCUCCUCAAGUGUUGUUUGCCCCGGGAGAGAAUCCGGGAACACACAACCACCAGCAUACAGAUUGACUGGUGCGUGUUUUUUUUUUUUCUUUUGUUUCAUCCCGUCGUCGUUUGCGAAGUGUAGCACAGCUCUUUCUUGGCGGCUGCGCCUCUCCCUCUCUCUGUCUACGAGCCAUGUAGUAGGCAGAGGGAGCGGUCUAAGGCCCGUCGAUGGGGCGAAGCGGGGUACCGCCCGGGGUUGGGGAAAGACAUGCCGACGGACGGCCACGUGGCGAGGACACGGCAAGGAAGGAACGGCGUUGGUGUGUCUUCGAGAAGAGAGGGGUCGAUAGCAGCAGCGAUUUCGGCUGUGUGAGACGGCGGGAAAGAGGGUUGUCUGAUAGGUCGGCGUACUUUUGGUGCGGCCUUUUCGGUUUUGUCGCCCAACUUUCGGUUCGGCGAAAAGGAUGUCCAUCAUCCGCGGUGUGCGUCCGUCACUUAGUCUCGUUUUGUAUGCGUCUCAGGUGCCGAAGCAGGUGGUGAUGACGGUAGGGAGAGGGGCCACCGCUACAAUAGCUAUGGCGGGGCUGAACGAUGUUCUGGGAUUUG